CCAAAGACGUCUUGGGGUUCCGAGCAGUUCAAAUGAACGAGACCGAUCAAGCUAAAGCAUGCUUCAACUUUACCGUUGGUGACUCAGAGAUGAAAGAGUUUUUUUCGCCGAAUUAUCCACGAAAAUAUCCAAAUAACACUGUCUGUAUCAAGGAAAUAACAGCUCCAUACGGCUAUUGUAUAGAGUUAGACUUCCGAGACACUUUCCACUUAGAAGAGGCCAACAAGUGUCAAUACGACUUUCUAGAAAUUAGAGACGGCCCCUACGGGUAUUCUGACCUCAUCGGACGAUUCUGUGGAGCAAGCUUUCCACCAUUGCUCCGUUCGAGUGACCGCCACUUGUGGUUGAAGUUUUCAUCAGACGAUAGCAUAGAGUAUUUGGGUUUCAGAGCCGUGUACAAGUUUGUUUCCAUUAAAGAUUUUGUUCGACCUCCCACAGAAGAAUGUAUUUUCUACAAAGGAGGAUCCGAUGGACUCAUUAGUAACAACGACAUAACAGAAAGCAUGUUCAAUUAUUCCUUAAAAUGGGACGUGCCUUUAGACUGCACCUGGGUUAUCGAAGUGUAUCCGGGUUGGAAGACACCUCUUGGUAAAUUCUUGGCUUGGUUGCCGGUUGAGCCUCGUCUUAGAAAGGUGAUGAUUUUGGGAUGCAUCUUUGGUGUGAGGAAUGCUCUGUGUAAAAUUUGUGCUCACAACAGCACAUUUCCAGAACCUUUUGAUACCAAUAUUCCUCAAGGCAGCUCUCAUUCACUAGACUGUACUAAUUGUACUAACAUACCUAAAAAAUUCACAUUUCCUUUCUUUGUAUUUAGAGAGAAGGUCCAAACACGAGAUGUGUCAUGUCAAUAAAUCACCACGGUAACACCUCUUCAUUUGUUGUUACUUGGAUGCUCCAAGUGUAAAUUGGCUGAUGACUGUGUCCAAUUUGAUCGAUGA